AUGGGGUCGGUGACACCGGGGGUGUGGGUUCACGUCUCGACGCGCUUUCCCCCUCGGGGGUUGGUCGUCGCGGCCUCUGAAGCCCUGGGAUCCUGGGAUCCCCGGCAAUGCCGAAGCCUGUGGACUCUUGGCCGUUGGCCAGCAGACCCGUCCUUUGGUAGCAUCCUGGGGGAAGCCGCCCUGCGUCAUACGCCGUUCGCCGGCGUCUCGCGGGGGUCGGGCCCCCCUUCCGAGGGCCGUAUGCCGCAGCCCGUCCCUGCCCGUGUGGGCGGUGGCCGGAAUCUCUGCGUGCGGACCGGCGCUGAGGAGCCUAGAGGGGGCAAUUGGAUGGCCGCUCGCGCUUCCCCGGUACGCUGGGGGCAGUCGCGCCGGUCGGACGCCUUCGUGCGUCCCAACCCUUUAACAAAACUCCGCCCCUCCGGGGGCUAG